CCGCCAUGCGAGGGCGGCCGCGGCGCGCUUCCCGGGCCCGCGCUGGCGGCGGACAAGAUGGCGGCUCCCAUGGAGCUGAGUUGCUGGGGCGGCGGCUGGGGGCUGCCGUCCGUGCACCCGGAGUCGCUCACCGUCAUGGCUUAUGCCAAAUUUUCUGGUGCUCCACUGACAGUGAAUGCCAUAAAUAACUCCUGGAGAGCUCGAAAAGGAGAGGUACCAAUCUUGAUAUCGGAGGACACUGUUAUUUCUCAGCCAGCAAAAAUACUAAACUUCUUAAGAAAGCAGAAAUACAAUGCUGAUUAUGAAUUGUCUGCAAAACAAGGAGCUGAUACGCUGGCAUAUAUUGCGCUACUUGAAGAGAAGCUGCUUCCUGCUCUGCUGCACACAUUCUGGGUUGAGGCUGAGAACUACUGCAGUGUGACAAAGCCAUGGUUUGCCUCAAGGAUUCCCUUCCCACUGAGUUUGUAUCUGCCUGGAAAGAUGUCCAGGGAAGCUCUCAACAGGAUCUUGCUGACCAGGGGUGGUCCUCCACUCUACAGUCUCACUGAAGUGGAAGCACAGAUAUACAGGGAUGCCAAGGAAUGCCUAAAUCUCCUGUCGAAGAGACUGGGAACAUCUGAGUUUUUCUUUGGAAAUACGCCUUCUACCUUGGAUGCCUUUGUGUUUGGUUUCCUUGCACCACUUUAUAAAGUGUGCUUCCCCAGAAUACAAUUACAAGAGCAUUUGAAACAGCUUCCCAAUCUGUGUCGUUUCUGUGAUGAUAUUUUAAGUUGCUACUUUAGGUUAGCUGUCUCAGGCCAUUCUCCAGCUGGACAGGAUACAGUAGAUGCUAAUCUGCAGAAACUCACACAGCUUGUAAAUAAGGAAUCCAACUUGAUUGAAAAGAUCCGGCUCUCAUUAUUUCUCUGCAGAUGGACGACAACCUUCGUAAGAGUCCUCAGCAUCCCCCUCGAAAGCUAACAACACUCAAGCUUGCUGCAGGUGGAGAAGAAAGCAGUCCAUUGAAUCGUUUGUCACCUUGACAGCUUCUGUUGCCCAUACAUGUGUGUUUGCCUUCAACUCUUCUGAACAUCGCAGCAAUUUUUUUCACGUAAAUAUGGUUUGAUAAGGGAAGAAUCUGCUAAUGGGUAUAAUUAGGGAAGAACUACAGCUUUACAGUCUCCUAUCUGCCUAUUCUUUUAAGAAAAAGCAUAGUUCAGGCUUACCACACACAAAGCUGAGGCUAGAGUAAACUAUUAAACAAGAAGCUUGCUCCUGCAGCAGAUGUUAAAGUGAUUUCUGUACAGCAGAUUUUUGUCUUUAGGCUAGCAAAAAUGUUGACCAAAAGUUAAAGAUUCCAUUUAUGGAAUGUUCACCUUUAUUUUACUUUAUGGCUUUUGAUUUUACUGUAAUCGUGUUAUUUUAUAGUGCAGCCAUGUCACUAUGUGUGAGUGGCUGUACUCACUUUCUAUAUAUCUUUCUGCAAAUUACAAAGUCCAGUUUUAAAACUGCGGAAAAGACUGGAAGAGAACGAAAUGUUGCCCUUCAUAGCAGAUGAGAACUGAAAGGCAAUGAGAGGAAGUAAAACAUUUUUUAUUGUACAUUUUUUAUUGUACUUCAUGAACACUAUUGUGUCUUAUAUUUUAAGGGUGCAUGUAUUUUUGAAAGCUUGUCACGUUGCACUUUGAGGAAAAUGUUGAAAAGUGUGUGCGCUGUGGGGAGUACAGUGAUGUACAAUACUAACGCCACUAUCACCACUGAUACCUGAGUGAAAGAAGCUUAACCUGUGUACUGGAUAAUAUUCCAUGCUACGAAACCGUGAGUCUAAAUCACAGAAAACACUGGUAGCAAGGUGGAGGGGUUUGCUUUGUUCCCAGUAAGACAAGAGACUUUGAUUAGCAGACAUACUGCAGCUCUGGACUGAGAUGCACUGGUUAAAACUUUGUUUAAAAAAAAAAAGCCGAUGUAGGCUUUUUUACUUUGUCACAGAUGCCUCUAAUUAGUUUUGUCUUACUUUUUAUAAGUGCUAAAGUUCAUUCAAAAAAUAAAUGUCCAAAAUUUUAUUCCUUGACAGUCUGGUCCAGAGUUCUUUUAUCUCUGCAAGUGUAAUAUAUUUCAGCACAUAUUUCUUCUAUUUAAUUAAGGGACUUAGUGUGUCUCAUUACAUUUCCUCUUAGCAGCAGUCUUGCCUGUUCUAGAGACCCAAGCAAUUCUGUUGUAGAAGAGAUACCGUAAUUCUGUAUUGGUAAUGUGCUGGCAGAUGCUUCGUGAGUGGGGUCGUCGGAGUUAGUCAAGGAGAUUAGCCCAAAUGGCGGCACUUGAGAUACAGAAUUCCCAUGGAUAUAUGUAUAGGAUGACUCUUCUGAUUCCCCCCCUGCUGAAUCAAAAUAGCUUUCAACUUCCCUUCAGCUACUAGUCACAUUUGAGAUAUAUAGAUAAAUUAUUUACUAUUUAUACAGACAAGACUGUAGAUUGUGUACAUACUGUACUUUUAGACUUGAUAUCUAAGGAAUGUAAUAAGAUUAUCUUUAACAUUUCUUAAUUAUGACUAAAAUGGUGGGUUUCUAAUGAGCACUUUACAAUAAGGUUUAUGCUUCAUGCUCUUCCUAGAAUGUUUGUUUUAGUGAUUAGAAAUGGAUCUAGUCCAUACUCAUGAUAAUUGAACAAACUGACAGUCCAGUACAUGUAAAAGGAAGUCAAAUAUUUGAAAUCUUUGCUGCCCAUAUCUUGACAAGGUUUAAAUGAAAUCAUGUCAUGUGGCUUUUCUAAGUCUUUUAUUUAUUGAACACAGCUAUGGAUAAUAUGCCUUAGUUUGUUGCUUUUGUGAAUAUGUACACUUAAUCUUUAAAAUCUCUUUGUAACGAGUUCAUUGCUCCAAGAUUAAAAUUUGGGAUUUUUAAUGGA